CACUCACUCAGUCACUGCAGUGGUCAGUCAAUCAAUCGACCGAGUCAUGACGAUGGUGCGAGUGCUGGUGGUGAGUGUGCUGUCACUGCUGGCCACUUCCCCGCCCCUCCCAGUGGCCUGCGAUGUGUUGCGCAGCACCGUUGCUGACGUUCUGGAUCUGGGUCUCCCGCUGAAGUGGCAGGACGAGCUGCGCGACACACCGACUGUGUCACGAUCGGCCCUCAAGGCGACUGUCGGAGGCAUGCUGCGGGCCGCGGAGCCCGACGCCCAUGUCUCGAGCUCCUCCCAGCCCAUGUCGUACGAAGACGUGCUGCGGCUCGUCGACGGCAUCUCUCCACCAUCAUCCUUCAUCGAGCUGGGGCAUCGCACGGACAGUCUCAUGGCUGACACGGACGCCACAUACGAGGAUGUGACAGACGACUUCGUUAGGCUGCACGCCAACCUGACGAAGCGACACGGCCUGCCGGCAUUCAAGGCAGCCAAGUCGACGCAGGACAAGGCCAUGCGCUGGUGCAGCAUACAGGCAGAGGUAAGUCAGUCAGACAACUCCGCCCACUUUGCACUCACUGCGUGUCUGUCUCGCGUGCGUCUGUGCGUGUGUGUGUGUGUGUGUGUGUAGGUGGGGUGUGACCUCAAGUACCCGGCGGGCGUGUCGUUCUCUGCUGCUUUGGUUCCUUCGUACUUCACGCCGCCUCAAGUGGUGUCUCUGUGGUACAGCCAGGGCCAACAUUACGACUACUCCACGACACUCCUGCAAAACAUGAGACGGUACGCUGCAUGGCUGAAUGGAUGGAUGGGAACGUUCGAAUGCGAGUGCUAUGUGUGCAGUGUGGCUGAGGGUGGGUCGCCCGAAGUCCUCAAUUUUGCCCACAUCGCUGCCGACUACGCUCCUCGCGCUCUCGGCUGCUGUCGGGCCUCCUGCCCAGCCAAGCACUGUCGUGCGUACGGCUGCGCGUACGACGUUGGCGCCGGCUCAUGGAAGGAGUCGAGUCGCGGCUUUGCCUUCGCCAGUGAGGUCGCCGCGAGUCCCACCGCCAUCGCCCGGCCUGAUGGUGAAGGGGCCGAGACGUCACUCGUCUCCAAAGAAGACGAGGCACUCACAUCCACCGGCUGCACGGCGAAUGUGCCAGGUCACCACAGAACACGAACAUACACAGAGAGGGUGCAUUCACAUGUGAUUAUAUGGGUGUGUGUAUGUGCAGGCAACGGGCCCAACGUGACGACUGCGACUGGGAAUCUGCCUUACUACUGCGGCUCCCUCGUGCUGCCCACAGUGCCCGCUCAGCCGGCCCUCCCCGCCAAGCAGCCGUAUGUCUACCUCACUGCACUGCCCUUCGCCGCUGCGUCGUGCGAUGACCUCACGGCCCCUCCCACUGUGUCCCUGCCGGCCCUCGUCACAUGCCCCUCCACAUGCCCAGCCAAGGCAACAGUCGACAAGCAUGAGAAGACACAGGGCCCCCUCACCCUGUGCGAGCAAGCGGCUGCCGCACUGGGAAAGCCAACUGGCAUCAUGAGAGUGGGUAUGGGCAUCAGCGGGUACGAGUGGGACAGCACCGGCAGCCCAACAACCUGUCAGCCUGUCGACGUGAGCCUCGGCAGCUGUGCCCCACCAAACCAAGCUCGAUGCGCCGAGGCCAUGUUCGCUGAAAGGUCAGUGGCUGAUUGAGUCGAUGAGGGUCACAAGGCAGAUGCUUGCACCUGUGUGAAUGCGUCUCUUUGUGUCUCCGUGCAGUUCACCGUCUGACAUGAUGUUUGUGCGGACCGGCACGGCAUUCCAAGUGGAGUCGCCGGACGGCGAUCUGCCUGGAGCUACACUGCUGACGAAAAACAGCCUGUGCACUGUAAGUGGCAUCGGCACACCCGACACACCCAGACUGCAAUGCACACACAAUUGCCUGCCUGCCUGCAUGCAGGAUGCCGAGGUGGAUGUGUGCUUGAGGCAACCGGGCAAGGUGAGCGGCCGGUUUGGAGUGCUGCUGAGGUACGUCAACCCUCUCAACCACCUCUACUUCGACAUCGACCAAGAGGGAGCAGCAAGAAUCGUCAAGUAAGCCCCAACACACACGCAGAUAGAGAGAGACAGAGAGGGAGAGAUGGAAGGUGGUGUGCUUGCAGGUGUCUCAAUGGAGGAUGUGUGGUGCUGUCUCGCGUGUUGGUGGGUCCGACGUCCUCCCGGUCUCUCAAGUUCACAUUGUCCAUCAAGGACAACUGCUUCUCCGUCCUCCUCGACGGGGCGAAGCUCAUGGGCCUGACGGACGUCGACGUUCCCGCUGGCCUGCUUGGCGUCUUCAGCCCGUCACAGGACACACUGCACAAGGUCACCAGAAUCGGGUGCAAAAUGUGGGAAAAUGGGACGGAACACGUGUGUGUGUGUGUGUGUGUGUCCUGUCCGUGUGUCUUUAGAUCACGCACUUCCAGCUCUUCCCGGCUCCACCGGCCACAAGUGAGUACUUAAGACAUGAGACACACAUACGACGCCGCUCACGAAUGCCGAUCACCCGGCGGAUGUGUGCGUGUGUGAUUGCGUGCAGGUGAGGGCCCGCUGUUCCCUGCGGCGUGACCGAUCACUUGUUGACCAUGAGCACACACAUGUACAUGGACCAAUGAGAGUG